AUGCCGACGACUUACGAUCCAUCCGCACGCAACGUGUUUGCAGGCCCCAACUCUUUGGUCGACUACUUUAACCCGGACAAGAACGCGCCGUUGCCGCUGGUGGAACUGCCGCCCCAGCUCAAUCCGUUCCAUGGCGAUGGCGUACGCAUCUAUGCCAAGAUGCUCACCGCCCUCCCCGCGACGAAUGUAAAGAGUCUACCAGCUCUGUCGCUACUCGAGUCUGGUGGGGUGAUCUCGCUCGACUCGACGCCGGAAGAGCGUGCGGCGCAGACGAUCCAUACGGUGACCGAGUCGUCGUCCGGCUCGACGGUGACGUCCAUGUCGAUGAUCGCACGUCAGCACGGCGUCAAGAAGGUGCGCGCGUGGAUGUCGAACAAGGUGUCGCCGACAAAGUCGUCGCUGAUGCGGUUCUUUGGACUCGAGCUUGCGCUGUUCGGGGGACCGUCGCAGUCGCCACCACAGGAUCCUAUGGGUGGCAUCGCCAAGGCUGCCGCACAAGGCAGCCAACCCGGCGCGUACAAUCCGAACCAGUACGAAAACCCAGCCAACCCCGCAGCCCACGAGCGCUGGACGGGGAAACAGCUCCUCGAACAGAUGCCGGACAUCAACGUUUUUGCUGGAGGUAUGGGGACGGGAGGUACGAUUACGGGGACGGCAAAGAGGCUCAAGCAGAGUCAGCCAAAGUGUCACGUUGUGGGCGUGUGCGUUGCGCGCGGCGAUAAGGUGCCCGGUCCGAGGCCAAGGGAGCUGCUGGAGCCGGUCGACUUUCCAUGGAAGGCCCUCGUGGACGAUGUUGAAGAUGUCGCGAGCAGGGAGAGUUAUACGCUCAGCAUGCAGCUUUGUCGAUACGGCAUCGUGUGUGGACCCAGCUCGGGCUUUUCACUGCAGGGACUGUUCCAGGUGCUCGAACGUCGUAAACGAGCUGGAACGCUGCAGGACCUCCGUCAGCAGAACGACGGCGAGCCGGUCAAGGCGGUGUUCCUGUGCUGUGAUCUGCCGUUCCAGUACGUGGACGAGUACUUCUCCAAGUGCGAUGCGGCGCUCUUCCCGCCCAUUGUCAACGAGCAUCUGUUCAGUGUGGACCAGUACGCCUACUCCACCAGCUGGAUCCUGGAUGCGGCUUCGGCUCAGACCAUGCUCGUCUACCCGCGAUUCGCCACGAACUCUGCGCCUCUGAUGGACGCUUCGGAACUCGCAUCGGACCCGUCCGAGGAAGGAUCCGAUGCGUCUGCACCCGCUUCACCGGGACUUCUACGACCGGCCAUCCUAGACCUCCGAGCAAGGACCGACUUUGAGCAGGCACAUCUCGCGCACGCAAGGAGCGUCCCGCUAUCAUCCCUUAGGGAGGACGAUGUCUCGCCGUACGCAGAUGCGGUGCUGCUCGCCACGCAGGCUACCGAGAUCCAUAACCGUUUCGUCGACUUGCCCAGCGUUCCCCACCAGUGCCCAGGGAACGGAGUCGCAGAACUCAACAGCUUGGAUCUCGCCGAGAUGAUGGCCUGUCUGCGCAAGAGCGACCGCGAAGUGCUCGUCAUCGACUACAAAGGCGAUACCGCCAAACUCACCGUCUCGGCCCUCCGACAUGCUGGCAUCAAGGCCUACUCCGUCGCAACCGGUUGGAACGGCCUCCUCGCUGCAGGCGUCCCUACCACCAAAUAA